AUGACACCAGAGCUAGUUCUUGAUCCCCAGUUGAAGUAUUGGGUGAUUCUCCCCAUCUCAUUUGUUAUGGUGAUGUUUGGUAUUCUACGUCGGUAUAUUCAGGUCUUGAUAAUGGCUGACAGCGGUGGGAAUGAAUUGGUUAAAUUGAAGCAAAAAACGUUGAUUGGCAAGUGCAGAGCAUUUAGAAAGAAUUGCUUUAAUUUGAAUAGUGAGAGCUUUAAGAGAAGACAGGAGAUUUUGUUUAAAUUGUUGGAUGAAUAUAUCAAAGAAGAGGACAAUAGGGAGAAAAUGAAAGGGAGUGAAAGCCAAAUGUCCAAUCCAUUAUUUGAGCCAGGAGGACUUGAUUCUAUGAUGAAUAUAAUGAAGGGGAAUCUAGCAAAUUAUAUUCCGCAAACGGUUAUAAUGGGAUGGGUUAACUACUUUUUUGAAGGAUUUAUUGUUAUGAAAUUGCCAUUCCCAUUGACCAAUCGAUUCAAGACCAUGUUGCAAAAUGGGAUUAGAACAAGAGAUUUGGAUGUUAAGUGGGUUUCAUCUAUUUCGUGGUAUUAUGUCAAUUUGCUAGGGUUACGAUCUGUUUAUAAUUUGUUGUUAAACGAUUCCAAUAUCGGUGAUGAAAUGUUGAUGGCCGGUAAUAUCAGUUUCGGCGGAAAUAACAAAACCGGUAAUAAUAAUAAUGGCCAACAAUUGCAAUUGCAACCUGGUGGUCCAUCUAUGAAAAAGUUGAUGGAAAACGAAAUAGAAAACAUUAAGAUUAUUCAGUAUCAAUUUGACUUAAACGAUAUUGAAAAAAGAGUUUUAGAAUACUAUGAUUGCUAG